AAAAUUCCUGGGGCGGCGGGAAGUAACAACAGCGGUGAGAAGUGCGGUUCGAAAAGCCAUGCGGACUCUGGCUUCCUGGGGCUGCAGCCCACCUCGAUGGAUGUGGCUCUGAGGCAGCAGGGCCCCAGAACCAAGAAGCCCGGCUGGAGGAGGCUCGCUGAGGAGCUGCCACUGGGGAUAGAGAUAGACUGGUUCCUAGAAGAUGUACGACUGCAGGAGCGCACGACCUGUGGCUUGUUGGCCAAGGCCCCAAAUGAAAAGCUCUUCUUCGUGGACACUGGAUCCAAGAAAAAAGAACGGAGCAAGAAGAGGACCUGGGUCCAGAAGAAGUCACAGCAUCUCCAGAAACCCCUACGGGUUGACUUUGCCCUUGAGAAUCAUUCUAAGAUCCCUGCUCCCAAAGACAUCCUUGCACACCAGGUCCCCAAUGCCUAGAAGCUCAGGCGAAAGGAGGAGCUAUGGGAGAAGCUGGCAAAGCAGGGUGAGCUGCCCAGGGAGGUGCACAAGGCACAGGCCCAGCUCCUCAGCCCUCCUGCACCAAAGGCCAAACCUGGGCUACAGGACAUCAUUGAGUGGCCCUUCUAUGAACUCUGGAACCCAAACAACCCUCUGGACAAGCUGUUGGUUGGUCAGGACACGGUUUUUUCUGGAGCAGACCAAGAAGAAGGCAUGAGGCGGCCACCACGCCUCCACAUCAAGCCCUACCCGGUGCCUGCAGUAGAGGUGAUUCCUGCAGGAGCCUCCUACAACCUGACCUUUGAAGAUCACCAGGCCCUGCUUCGAGAGACCCAUGAGGUGGAGCUGCAGUGUGAGAAAGUGGCAGAAAAGCUGGAGCGACAGCUGGCCCUGCCCACCACAGAGCAAGCUGCCACCCAGGAGUCUGUGUUUCAGGAGAUGUGUGAGGGCCUGCUGGAGGGGUCUGAUGGCGAGGAUGAGCCAGGCUGUGUUGAGCGGCCAGAGGCUGAUGAUGGGGCCAAUGAGACCUCACCCACUGGCCCUGCUGGUGCUGAGAAGAGGAUGGAGAAGAAGACAGAG